CAAAUGCGUUUGGGACGCGCAUGCGCAAACCAUUCAGCAGCCUGGAUCGGCAGGGUCACUUGACUGACGUUCAACUCCGUGCAACGUUCCUUUCGGUUGUGCCGUCUAAUGUACGCCACCGCUUCAACUUGGGAACAUUCUCUUUUCAUUUGUCACGUACAAGUGGGGGAAGACACAUCGGCAGCCCGCCCGGGUCAUUGGCCGCCAUUUCGCCGCACGAGCUAGCUCGGAGCUUGUCAGCCGCGAACAAAGACAACCGGCGCGCGCCGGCCGCGCGCGACACGUGCUCAGCGCCCGCCUUCCGCUUGUUUGUUGUUGUCCUUCUUCUUCUUCUUCUCCUUCUCCCGGCGACAUGUUUAAAGUCCAAAUGCUGCGAGCUUUGGUCAACGAGCGGCUGAGCGCGGCCGUGGAAGAAGUCUUUGCGGUGUUGGAAAGAACCAUAGCAGACUACGAGGAGGAACUUUGUCGGAGCAAAGAGGAGAACCGGCGACAGCGUCAACUCCUCGACGCUCUUGUCAAGCCUCAAGUGGACGCGCGCACACCAGCAGAUGCGCGACAUCCGGAGCACCCCCUCGGCAAAGAGGAGACAACGGCGGCGGAGCGGCCGGACGAGGCCGGCGACCUCAGCAAGCUGACGGUGACGUGCGUCAUCGUCAAGAGUGAAGAUGAAGGCGAGAGCGCAGAGAAGAUGGCGACAGACAGCGACGCCGACCGGGAAGACGCCCGCAAAAUCUCUGAGAAAAUGCUGACGGAGAGCGACGCCGACCAGCAAGACGCCCGAGGUCUCCGCAAACUCUUUGAAUGUCCUCAAUGCGAUAAAGCCUACAGCAGCAAGGGACACUUGAAAAGACACGCCAGGAGCCACGCCGGGGCGGCGGCCGAGGAGCCCUCGCCAGACGAUGCCAAUUUCUCGUGUUCGACCUGCCGCAUGACCUUCAAGUUUCACUCCACCUUCCUGGGCCAUAUGAAAAAGCACUCGGGGCACAAGUCGUUCACCUGCGGCGUGUGCGGCGCCGCCUUCAGAUUUCAGUCCACCUUCGUCAACCACGUGAGAACGCACACGGGCGAGAAGCCCUUCACCUGUCAGGUGUGCAACGCCAGCUUCAGCGUCCACUCGUCGCUCCUGAGACACGCGCGCCUGCACACGGGCGAGAAGCGCUUUGCCUGCUCCUUCUGUGAUAAAAAGUUCCCCCGAAAGGCCAGUUUGGUGGAGCACGUGAGGAUCCACACCGGAGAGAAACCGCUCUCGUGUUCCGUCUGCCACAUGAACUUUAGAUUUCACUCCAAACUGGUCAAACAUAUGCAAAGUCACACGCGAGGCAAAGCUUUUGACUGUCACGCGUGUGGUGAGAAGUUUGCCUCCAAGCUCCGGCUGGACAAACACGUGUGUGUUGGCGGGGAAAGCGGCGGCGGCGGCGGCUGGAGCAGCGGCAGCGGUGGCAUUCAACAUUAAAGCAUCUCAAAAACAUGUGUUAUUGUGCUGGCUGUGUUUUGCUCCACUUUGUUUUCUGACUGCAAUUCAAAAGUGUUGCGUGUGCCUCGAAUGUCUUCCAGAUGACAAAAAAAAAAUCAAUAAAGUUUGUCCAAACUGAA